CGCCUCUAUUUUUUAUCAUCUGCAGCCCAACCCACCACUUCACCGAGAACUUGCUUUUUUCGAUACUUUGUUGAGCGGUUUUGAAUGAGGACCAAAUUGCAUUGUGUAAUAUCAAUUAAGGAAUAAAAGACCGACGCUUCUGGAAAAGUCACCGCAGCACCAGAGCAAACAUAUUUCGAAAACCGGUCUUACACCAUCUCUGGCCUUUAUAUUAACUACUACGCUACUGUGUUAAAAUGACAGCAAAGCACCGAGGGAAAAAGAACAAACACAAUCACGAAGACUUUAACAAUUUUAAUCAUGAAUCUUCGGAACCGGAGGCGCGAGGUGGAAACCAGUAUACGCUUUUGUUCAUUUUAUUCGUUCUGAUUGUGGUCGGAGGUGCAACGGCUGCAUGGUUCUGUUUUCAGCAACACCAAAGUAUAACCUACUUAGCAGACAACCUCAUGGGCAUGCAGAUGAAGAUGGUGAAGCUUCAGUCCUUCCAGGAAGAAAUUAUACAGACAAAUGAAAAGCUGCUCAGUACCGACGGCUUUGAGCAUCGCCUCAACACCCUGGAAGAGUCAUACGAACUGGCCCAGAAGCAGGUAGGCAUGGCCCUGGCCAUAGCUGAGCAACUGAAGACCUCAGACCUGCCCACCCAGGUCCUCUCCCUACACACAGAGAUGAAGGCCCGGCUGGCAGAGAUGCAGCAGGCCACAGUGUCCGCGGAUCAGCUGACCCAGCUGCAGGUAAUGCUGAAGGGGAAGAGCGAAGAGUUUGAGGCUGUCCGGCUGCAGGUGGAGGGCCUGGCAAGGGUGAGCACGGAGAUGGCCCAGAGCGUCGAGGGCCUGACAGGGAGCCUGGCGGAGGCUGAGUCCAAGCUGGAGGAGAGGGAAGGGCUGGUGGGCACACUGAGCGCCACAUUGGAGGACCAGACAUCAGAGCUCCUAGGGCUCAAGGAACAGCUGGCUGCCAACCAGGCUCAACUUGAGGCCAGUACAGUGGAGAUCGCAAGUGUCAAGGAGCUGAUGGAGACGGGGCAGUCUCAGAGGGCCCAGCAGGCCAGUGUGGAGGAGCAGCUGGUUACGGUAGAACAGAGUCUGCAGGAGCAGAACUCAGCGGCCCACAGUCUGCACUCUGAGCUCCUCGCUCAGCUGGAGGCUGUGCAGAAACAGGUCGCCCAGGUACAUCAGGACCGGUCACAGCUGGAAGGAGGGUUUCAAACAGAUGAGCCCUCAGAGGAGGUGGCGGAGGAGACUGCUCUGGCUGCUGCUGAGGAGGUGGAAGAGGAGGAGGUGGCGGAGGAGACUGCUCUGGUUGCUGCUGAGGAGGUGGAAGAGGAGGAGGAGGAGGUGGCGGAGGAGACUGCUCUGGCUGCUGCUGAGGAGGUGGAGGAGGAGGAGGUGGCGGAGGAGACUGCUCUGGCUGCUGCUGAGGAGGUGGAAGAGGCUGCUGAUACUGUUGCUGAGGAGGUGGAAGAGUCUACUACUGCGGAAGAGGAGCAAGCUGCUGAGGAGGAGGCAGCUCACUUGGAUGGGGAGCCUGCUGAACAGGAGGACUCUGCUCUCACAGAGGAACAGACUGCUCCUGCAGAGGAGGAGAUGGUCGAGGAGCAGGAGGACUUGGCAGAGGCAGGACCGGAAGAGUGGUUGGCAGAAGAGAAUGUAGACCAGGAGGAUUCUGAAGCAGAGGAGGAGCAAGGGGGGGAAGAAGACGAAAAAACAGAAGAGGAUGAGGCCUCUCCUGAGGAGGAAUUGUGAAUGUAAGCAGCAAGGAAAGUCUUCUACAGCCACCAAACUCCGAGAGGAUAAUGGACACGUUCAGUCUGCAUCAUGACAAAUGGGAAGGCAUUGCCGAUGUUGAGGUGCAAUAAACAUGAACUUUUUCUCACCAAGGGGGAAAAUCAGGUCAAUAGGAUUCACACAAUUAUCUAGAAUCAGUAUUGUUACAUCAAUGAACGUGUGUAUGAGAGGGCUAACUGGUCAGGCGAUGGUUAAUAAUAUUCAGGACUCACCUGCCAAUACCAACCUCAAAGCCUUAAUGUAUUUUAACACAGCUCUUUCUAUAGACUAUUUUACGUACACCAAAAUGUCACUUUUUCUGCAAGCUCAGUUGAAACAAAGUGACAAGGAGGACUAACUAAACAGCCAAUAGGAAAACACUAAUUCACUCACACCAUCAAACAAAGCCAUAAAAUAUGCCCAUCUUGUUGAUAUGAAAUUGGCUUUCUUUUUUUGUCAUUGUCUGAAAUGUCUUGUUGGGAUUUUAAUUAGAAUAAGAUAUACAGAACAAGAGUCCUAAUUCCUGUGUAAACAAAUAACAGCCUACUAAAGGAAUAGCAUGGGGGUAGCAAGGGCCAUAUCUGUGAAAUGCUAACAUUUAUGUUCAGUUUUACUGAAGAUUGUUAGUCUAGUUGUUUUUAUUGACUUUUUUCUUUAAACUGUUUGUCUGUACACAAAGAGCGCUGUUACUGCCUAGGCAUUGGGUUCUUCUCUCACAACGUACCGUUCAUCUCAGAUCUCUGAUGUAUCUUUUAUAAAAUAAACCCUGGGCUAUCCUCUGGAUUUUUUUUUACACCAAG